UGGUUGAAAUCCACGUCACGUGCAAUCGCAGCACACCAAGCUUGUAUUCAUCUUCGUCGGCCAAAAUCUCUCAAUUUCAGACAUCUACGGUUUCUAUUUUGUCAACCGUUCCGAAAUUCUCUCCGUCAGCCAUUGUUCUUCUUCUCCGACCUCCAUUUUCUCUCUCCUCUCCCUUGAUUCUACAGAAAACCAACGGAUCUUUCUCUAUUCUCUUCAGUCCAACACAAAACCCUAAAUCUUCGGAGUAUAGUUGAAAUCAAAUUCAAUUUUGAUCAUAGAAAGGAAGAGAUGGAUAGAAGAAGAGCAUUAAGUCCAGUAUAUACAAGGCAAUGGAGUAGCAAUUCCACUAAUUCAAGCAGUAAUGAUUCUAUUUCACCUUCUAUGUCACCAGCUCACCCUAGUUCUCGGCUCGGCUCCGGCUACUCAACAGUUAAGCGUACUCAAAAUGUUGCAGCUAAAGCCGCUGCUCGCCGUUUGGCUCAGGUUAUGGCUACUCAAACUGCUACGCUUGACGAUGAUGAUAAUGAUGACAAUGAUGUUGAUCUUGGAUUUCGAUUUGGUCCUCCUCCUUCUCUUGUUCCUCCUUCAAAGACUUUUGCUAAUGGGUUUCAAUCUAAUCUCCCUGCUGCUCGUUCUACUAAUCGUGCUCCCUCUCCUGCUUUAGGUAGGAACUACGUAGAUCACAACGCACAUUCUGUACGCUCAACAUCAGCUGGAAGACCGACUACAUUUCGACAAGCUACUGCAGUGCCGCAACCUACUAGGGCGGUGUUGAAAACCCCUGCUGCAAUCUCACAUGUAGAGCUUCCCACUUCAAAAGCUAGAGAUAGAAGGUUUCCAGAUUUAGGUCCCAGCUUGGAAGAUUCAAGUAAUGGGCCAGAGGAUGCUGCCCUUCUUGAUGAACUGGAUGUGCUACAACAAGAGAAUGAGAAUGUCCUUGAACAGUUUCGAGAAGCCGAGAGAAAACGUGAAGAGGCAGAGGCCAGGGCUAAAGAACUUGAAAGACAGGUUGCAUCUAUGGGAGAAGGUUUAUCUUUGGAAGCUAAAUUGUUGAGCAGGAAGGAAGCAGCAUUACGUCAAAGGGAGGCUGCACUCGCAGCUGCAAAACAACGUAGGGAAGGUAAAGAGGAAAUGGAGACCCUACAUUCAGAAAUUGAGAACCUAAGGAUGGAGGCUGCAGCAACUAUGGAGAAACUUGAAGAGGCUGAGUCUGAGGCACAGGCUAUGCGCACUAUGACUAAAAGAAUGGUUUUGACUCAGGAAGAAAUGGAGGAAGUAGUUCUUAAGAGGUGCUGGCUUGCCCGCUAUUGGGGCUUGGCUAUACAGUACGGUAUUUGUGCAGACAUAGCAGGGCCCAAGUAUGAACAUUGGUCUAGAUUUGCUCCUCUUCCAUUUGAAAUUGUCAUAUCUGCAGGGCAAAAAGCAAAGGAGGAUUAUUUGAGCAAAGAUGAUAAAUCGAGUAAAAGCAAGUCUGGUCGGGAGCCCAGUGAUCUUACCGGGGAGGGAAACAUUGAAACUAUGCUUUCUGUGGAGAUGGGCUUAAGGGAGAUGGCCUCCUUAAAGAUUGAGGAUGCAGUUGCUCUGUCAAUGGCACAAAAGAGGCGCCCAAAUUUUGUCCGAGAUUUCAAAGUGGCGGGUGAUCCCAAGUUUAUGGAGUCAUGUGAAUUGAGUCAAGAGGAGUUGGAUGAUGUUCUUUUCAAAGAGGCUUGGCUUACAUAUUUUUGGAAAAGAGCAAGAGAUCAUCGGGUUGAGGAGGACAUUGCUGAAGAAAGACUUCAAUUGUGGACCAGUCGAAGUGGGCAAACUUCAACAUUGCAGGAUGCAGUUGAUGUUGAACGUGCUGUGAUUGAGUUGCGGAAACUUGGACUAGAGCAGCAACUAUGGGAAACAUCUCGCAAAGAGAUUGAAUACCAUUCCCCGUCUGAGGAGAAUGCAAACCGCAAACAAGAUGUCGAAUCGGAGAAUUCUACAUGAUGAACUUUCGGGUAGUAUAGUGUGUUUUUCGCUAAAAUAUAAUACCUGGUGUUUUUGUUCGGUUAACCGAGUUUAUACCAUUGAGAAUCAAAUGUAGAAAGGUUUCCGGUUGGGGGUGUUAUGUAUGCUGUUAGUCUCUCGAUAUACAAAAACUAAAGAAUUCUUGUAAAGUCGGCGUGUAAUUAAGUUGCUUGUAUAAAAGCUAGAAGACACAGAAAGUUUUGAAGUCAAUAGAAAUUGUUACGAGUACUUCGUAUCGCA